AAAAUAUAUUAAAUCACUCGAAGACCAGAUCGUAAGGCGUUUUCAAAAACCACAAGUUAUAUACUCAAUAAUGGAAACUUGCAGCAUCAAGGAUGGUUCCUCCGUCGCCUCCAGCCCGAUUUCUUCUCCGAAUAUUAGUACCCUUUUGAAAAUCAAAGUUCUUUCUUGGAGUAAAGAGACCGGUCUACCUGCGUCAGUACAUGUUCGAGUGUGCAACAAGAGUUUUAACCUUCACAAGACGCUCUUGUGUACAAAGAGCGGAUAUUUUAAGGAAAGAGAAGAUCAGCUAUCGGAGAUCGAGAUACCACAUGAGUUUCCUGGUGGAGCAGAGACCUUUGAGAAGAUUAUGCUUUUCAUUUAUGGCUGCCCAACUUUAAUACAUCCAUUCAACAUCGCUGGACUUAGAUGUGCAGCUCAAUUUCUUGAAAUGACAGAACAACAUUCGACGGGCAACCUCUGCGAAAGAUUUGACCUAUAUCUAAACCAAGUUGUCUUGCAAAACUGGGAUGAUACGUUAGUUCUUCUGAAGAAAUGUCAGGAUCUAUUGCCUUGGUCUGAAAAUUUACUAAUCGUGAGCCGGUGCAUAGAGUCUCUGGCAUUCACGGCUUGUAUGGAGAUUCUUGAUCCCGAAAGACGAAGAGAAAAGCCGGUAGUUAUGCUUGGAGGUUUGGUUAAUCAACCAUGGGAAUAUACAACCGUAGAGAAAAUUAUAAACCAAGAUACUUGGAUCAAAGACCUCACAGAUCUUCCAUUCGAAUUCUUCAGACAAGUGAUUGGGUCACUUAGAAGACAAGGGAUGAAAGAAAGAUAUGUAAGUCCAUUGAUCGUCUUUUAUGCCAGCAAAUCUGUAGUACCUGAAGGUCAAAGUAAUACUGAUAUUCUGCAAAGAGCUCUUGAUCUGCUUCUUACAAGAGACAAGGCAUAUAGGUUUGUUCCAGUCGGGUUUUAUUUCGCGUGUCUCGCACACAAUUUGAAGCAUGAAACUGUGUUGAAGCUGCAAGAUCAAAUUGUAUCUCUUCUUCACACUGCACACACCGAAAACUUUAUAUACCCGAAAGCCGGGAACGGGCAAGUUUCUUUCAGUCAGGAGUUGCUUACAAUGGAAACCCUGUUUUCAACAUAUGUAUCAACAGAAUCAGAAGGACAUCAUACUUCCUCCCCAAGCAACAUGAGAGUUGGAAGAUUAUGGGAUGUUUUUCUCUCUCGUUUACCGUAUGAUCAAGAGAUGAAAACAACAAGGUUCAUUGAGCUGAUUGAGACAAUCCCAAUGUCAUUCAGAGAGAGUCAUGACCAACUUUACCUUGCACUAAACGCAUUUCUUCAGCUCAACACACACCAAGCUUUCAAAGACUGCUCUGACUCAUUCAGAUUCACAAACUCUGCAGACUUCUCUGGUAGCGUUGUUCCAAGCUCAAGACCCUUAACUUCCCAACAAAGCCCUUGCACUGAUGAUGAAACCGGGGCAAGAAACAGACCGUUAUGCUUCUUGAUGCAGAAAGAUGCAACAUUGGAUGAGUACGAGUCAACAAGCUACAGAAUCCAUAACCUCGAAGAGGAACUAGUUUCUUUAAAGAAGAGCCUUCAGUCCCACAACAACCAAAAGAAGCCAACUUGCCUUGGCAAAAGAUCAGCGAGUAGAAGCAAUAAUACUUUUGGCCAAGUCACAACGGCUUGUAUUGGCUCUGUAAGUUUUACUUCACAGAGAAAGUAUGCCAAUAAGCUGCUCCGGGUACUACGUAGAGUUAAUUUGUUUGGAAGUAGAAAAACUAAUAUAAAAACAAAUGAGAGUGGGAGAUGACGAAACAUGUAUCAAAUGUACGUAUAAUUUACAAGAAUAGUCACUGAAUAAAAAUCAUAACAAUAA